UGGAAGGAGAGACGGGAGAAGAGCAAGGGAUGAAGGGAUCGCAUGGAGGAGAGAGUGGGAUGGAGGGAGUAGCUGCCAUGGAGGCUUGCUACCAGGGUUUCAACCCUGCAGCUUACCUGCAGUACAACUACACAGCACCCCGUGCUGACUUCCACCGCCGAGACAGCAUUGUGCCCUGGAAACUCAGCUGCCUGCAUAAAGCUUUUACAGAAGAGGGAUUGAGAGGAGAGGUUCUGGUGGAUGUGGGGUCUGGCCCCACACUGUACCAGGUGAUGAGUGCUUGCGAGCACUUUGAUCGGAUCAUCCUGUCUGACUUCCUGGAGGUGAACCGGAAUGAGCUGCUGAAGUGGCUCCAGGGUGGUGAGGGCAGUUUAGACUGGACGCCAUACCUACAGCAUGUGUGUGAGCUGGAGGGACGAAGUCCUACUGCCUGGAGGGAGAAAGCCGAGCGACUUCGCUCAGUGGUGACCGAUGUGCUUCCCGUUGAUGUACAUCAGCCCCACCCUCUGCCCCCUGGAACCCUGCCCCACUCCGGAGCCGACUGCCUCGUCUCUUCCUUCUGCCUCGAGAGUGUGAGCCCCGAUCUGGCCUCCUUCACUCGGGCCCUGGGUCAUCUCUCCAGACUCCUGCGCCGGGGAGGGCACCUCCUGCUCAUCGGGGCCCUAGGAGAGAGCUUCUACCUGGGGGCCCCAGGCCUGCGGAUCCCCGUGGUGUCCCUGGAGGAGUCACAGGUGUGCUCCAGCCUGAGGGUCUGUGGCUAUAACCUGCUUCGGCUCAGCGUCUAUCACCUGCCACCAGACAUGAAGCUAGGGGUGGAUGAUGUCACUGGGGUGUUUUUUGCUGAAGCCAGAAAACCAUAGCAAUCCCCUGUGAGGAUUGACAGCAUGUGGAGAGGACGACCUUGGCGCUAUAUUUUUUUAAUCGCUGUGUGUCUAUUGAUAUAAUGGUUAAACAGUCUAUUGGUUUAAUUCAGUUUGAAUAAAAUCUAAAUG